UACAACAUGAGGAGAUCCUGACGCUCUAUAGUUCCAGAGAUCGAAACGCAUCAAAUAGAAGAUUAAUUUCAAUUAGAUUUUUGCACAAUUCUUUCAGAUCUUUUCUUAAUGAGUCUUGUUAUUAAGAGUAACAUUGAGAAUCAAGACUCGAGCUUGAAAAACUACUCGGAUGACGUUAUUUCAGAAAGGGAAUGUUUCGAGCUUUCGGGUCCCUUACACCUGACCCCCGUCGACUGGACUAAUGUGGAUCACAGAAGGUCUGUUUCAGCAUGCUUGGUUCAAGGCGUAUAUAUCAUAGAGAGAGACCGCCAGGAAAACCGCAAGCAAUCUGAAGCUCUUGCUCCACCUUGGUGGAACUUCUUCCAAUUUGAGUUACAUGCUCAACUCAUAGACGAUGCUGAUUCGUGUGUCUUUGGUGCUAUCUACAAAUACAAACUCCCACCUUCACAAGGAACCCCGUCUUAUGUCAUUGCUUUCCGAGGCACCUUAACCAAAGGCAAUGCGUUUUCUCGAGAUUUAGAACUAGAUAUCCACAUUAUUAAAAACGGGUUGCAUCAAACUUCAAGGUUUGAGAUUGCUAUGCAAGCUGUUAGAACCUUGGUGAGUAGUCAAACAUUCAAGUCAGAUAUCUGGUUAACGGGCCAUUCUUUAGGAUCAGCAAUGGCGUUACUUGCAGGAAAGCAAAUGGCAAAAACUGGGAUCUUUCUUGAUUCAUAUCUUUUCAAUCCGCCUUUCCUUUCGGCCCCACUUGAAAACAUUAAGGAUCCAAACAUCAAACACGGGAUUCGGAUUGCUAGUAGUUUCCUCACUGCAGGACUUGCUGUUGCUGCAAAGAUCAAGAAUGCCAAUCAGCAAAGAAACAUGCCAGCAGAUUCAUUUCUUGCAUUGGCUGGAUGGGUCCCGUGUUUAUAUGUGAACCCAAUGGAUCAUAUUUGUUCAGAGUAUAUUGGAUAUUUUGAACACCGGAAUAAGAUGGAGGAGAUAGGAGCUGGUGGGAUUGAACGGUUGGCAACACAGCAUUCUAUUUCAGGUGUUUUCUUGAAUGCAAUCGGGAAAGAAUCUCAUGAACCGUUACAUCUUCUUCCUGCAGCAAGUUUGACCAUUAAUAAGACUCCUGCUGUUGAUUUUAAGGAUGCUCACGGCAUUCAUCAGUGGUGGAGAUGUGAUCAACAAUUGGAGACCAAAGUUUACAGCUGAAUGUUGUCCAAAUAUUUGGUAAUUCUUUUUGACCUUUGACUUCUGAGGUCAAACUUAUCUGAUUGUAAUUGAACAUAUGAUUAUAUGUGAUAAGAAAAUUGUGAUUCUUGACUGUUUGA